AUAGCAUCUUCUUAGUUCCUCUACUCUUUUAUCUCAUUACCCUUGCCACUCUUCUUCUAAAGAAUCAUCAUUUGGAUAACUGAUACCCCCGACACUUUCGUUCUCCUGGUGCCUUGUUGAAGAAAGUCCAACCACGUCGAUACGCGUGAGGAACAUAUCAAAUAUGUAUGUGUUCAAGAGAGAUGGACGCAAGGAACGCGUACAAUUCGACAAGAUCACAGCUCGUGUGUCGAGAUUGUGUUACGGUCUAGACCCUGACCAUGUCGAUGCUGCUGCCAUCACACAAAAGGUCAUCUCUGGUGUGUACCAGGGUGUGACCACAGUGGAAUUGGACAACUUGGCUGCUGAGACCGCCGCAUACAUGACCGUCACUCACCCCGAUUACGCUGUCCUCGCCGCUCGUAUUGCGGUCUCCAACCUACACAAGCAGACAAAGAAGCAGUUUUCUGCUGUGAUCGAAGAUCUGUAUCAUUAUGUCAAUCCCAAAAACAAUAAAGCGGCUCCCAUGAUCUCUCCUGAGAUGUAUGAGACUGUCAUGAAACACGCUGAUGAGCUGAACUCCGCCAUUGUUUAUGAUCGAGACUUCAACUAUCAAUAUUUCGGUUUCAAGACACUUGAACGCUCCUACCUGCUCCGAAUCAACGGUAAGGUUGCCGAGCGUCCUCAACACAUGAUUAUGCGUGUUGCCGUGGGUAUCCAUGGCGAGAAUAUUGAAAAAGCCAUUGAGACAUACAACUUGAUGUCCCAGAAAUAUUUCACACACGCCUCUCCUACACUGUUCAACGCGGGUACUCCUCGACCACAACUCGCUUCUUGCUUCCUUGUGGAUAUGAAGGAGGACAGUAUUGAGGGUAUCUAUGAUACUCUUAAGACUUGUGCUAUGAUUUCCAAGUCUGCCGGUGGUAUCGGUCUCAAUGUUCACCGCAUCCGUUCCACUGGUUCUUACAUUGGAGGAACCAAUGGUACCUCAAACGGUCUUGUACCUAUGCUUAGAGUGUUCAACAAUACUGCUAGAUAUGUUGACCAAGGAGGUAACAAGCGCCCUGGUGCUUUUGCCAUCUACCUUGAACCAUGGCACUCGGAUGUCUUUGAGUUCCUGGACCUUCGCAAAAACCACGGUAAAGAAGAAGUCCGUGCUCGUGAUUUGUUCUACGCCUUGUGGACUCCUGAUCUCUUCAUGCGUCGUGUGGAGGCCAACCAGGACUGGACCUUGUUCUGCCCUAACGAGGCUCCUGGUCUUGCUGACGUCUACGGUGAAGAGUUCGAUGCUCUUUACGAGAAGUAUGAAAAGGAAGGUCGUGGUCGCCGAACCGUCAAGGCUCAGAAGCUCUGGUACGCCAUUCUUGAAGCCCAGACUGAGACUGGUAACCCCUUCAUGCUCUACAAGGACGCUUGCAACAAGAAGAGCAACCAGAAGAACCUUGGAACUAUCCGCAGCUCCAACCUUUGCACAGAAAUCAUUGAAUACUGUGCUCCUGAUGAGGUUGCUGUCUGCAACUUGGCUUCCCUUGCUCUUCCUACCUUUGUUGACACCGCUCGUGGCGAGUAUGACUUUGGCAAAUUGCACGAAGUCACUCAGGUUCUUGUCCGAAACCUUAACAAGAUUAUCGACAUUAACUAUUAUCCUGUACCCGAGGCCAAGAAGAGCAACUUCCGUCACCGUCCCAUUGCAGUUGGUGUAAAUGGUCUGGCUGACGCUUUCCUUGCUCUCCGCCUUCCCUUCGACUCUCCAGAGGCCAAGCAGUUGAACAUUCAGAUCUUUGAGACCAUCUACCACGGUGCAUUGACAGCCUCCAUUGAGCUUGCUAAGGAGUACGGCACAUACGAGACCUACGAAGGUUCUCCUGUCUCUCAGGGUAUCCUGCAAUACGACAUGUGGGACCGCACUCCUACAGACCUUUGGGACUGGGAUGCACUCAAGGCACAGAUUCGUGAGCAUGGUAUCCGCAACAGUCUUCUCGUUGCUCCUAUGCCUACUGCUAGUACCAGUCAGAUUCUUGGUUUCAAUGAGUGCUUCGAGCCCUACACCUCGAACAUCUACUCCCGUCGUGUCUUGGCUGGGGAGUUCCAAGUCGUCAACCCAUGGUUGCUCAAGGAUCUUGUAGACCUUGGUCUCUGGUCUGACAACAUGAAGAACCGAAUCAUCGCUGAGGGCGGAUCCGUCCAGAACAUCCCCAACAUUCCCGCUGACAUCAAGGCUCUUUAUAAGACGGUCUGGGAAAUCUCUCAGCGAUCGAUCCUUCAGAUGGCUGCUGACCGUGGUGCCUUCAUUGAUCAAUCACAAUCUCUCAACAUUCACAUGAAGGAACCCACCAUGGGCAAGAUCACCAGCAUGCACUUUGCUGGCUGGAAGAUGGGCCUGAAGACCGGAAUGUACUACUUGCGUACAAUGGCUGCUAGCGCACCCAUUCAAUUCACUGUUGACCAGGAGCAAUUGAAGGUACAAGAUACCAACGUUGCUCGCGCCAAUGGUAUUAGCAAGAAGCGUUCACCAGCACCAGCUGCAUUCAACAACUCUUAUGCUUCUGUUCCUCGUCCCAUGUACGAUCAGAAGCCUAUCGUUCCUAUUUCAAAUGGAAACGGUGUCCCAGACCCAUUACAGCCCAUCUCCGCUUCUCGUGUUAACGGUUCAUCUCAGCCUGUUGAGGUUGCCCAGGACAAGGCAGAAUCCGAAACUGAGGAAGAAGCCGGUGAGAAUGGUGACUCGGAGCAAGACAUUUACGCUCAGAAGGUUCUUCAAUGCAGCAUUGAGAACAAGGAAGCCUGCAUCAUGUGCAGCGGUUAAGAGUACUAGAUUCUUGAUCAUCUUUUUUCUUUUUUCCUUUUGUAUUUUAGUAUUCCCCUUAUCCUCCCUGUAUUUGUUUCCUCCAAACCGCACCGAAGAGAUUGAAACGCGUCUUACGAUUUUUGAAUGUUUGCAUCACCCAUCAUGUUUGUUUUUCCUGUUGAUUCGAUUCGAUACUUGGCGUUUUUUCCCGUCUUAUAGUGUUUAUCAUGUGUAUCUUCUUAUUCGAUAUAGUGGCAGUAAUUCUAUAUCUGUUAUAUUUCA